CAGAGAGUUCAAUUUUUCCGGUCGUUUUUGGAUGCUUGGAUAAUUUAUUAAAUUUAAAACGAUAAUAAUUUUUAAAACGGCGACGGAAAUUCACCAAAAAGCUAUUGUGCAACCUUCAAUUCAAAGUUAUUUUUGCAGAAAACCGAGCAUGACGACAUUAGAUUGGGAUGAUCCACAUUAUACGGAGCCGGAGCCGCCAAAAAUUUCUUAUGAACGCUUCAACGAGAAGUAUCAGAGUAGCUUGCGUUGGGACGAUGAUGCCUCACGAGACCGUCGUAACGGUCAAGGUCAAAGAAAUGACGAGCGAAGGAACAGAGAACCUGGACGCGAUAGAGAUAAUCAUCGCGAAUACACCUUUUGUGAGGCAAUCAAAAUCAGUACAAGCAUGGUAGGCCGUGUGAUUGGGCGAGCAGGAUCGAACGUAACCCGCCUGCAAAAUGAUUUCAAUGUACGCAUCAACAUUGAUAAAGCCAAUUUGGAGGUGAAAGUCUUGGGCAAUUCCAAGCUCAAUGUUAGCGAUGCAGCCAAUGAGAUACGCCAACAAAUAAGUGAAGACAAUCGCCAGUCGACCGGCAGCGUAGGUGGCGGAUUCAGUGGAAAAAGUUAUGGUAGGUCGGGUGGAGAGGGAGGACAACGUUACAACAGUGGUAGCAAUUACGAUUUUGCUCCACCACCGAGCGCCAUUCCGACAGAUGGAGACUUGACCGGGUUCAUUGAUUGGGACGCUUUAAACAAAGCUUCGAUUGCUGCGCAGAAGGCACGUUGGGCGAAAUUGCCGCCUCUGACCAAGAACUUCUACAAGGAAUGGCCAGAGGUGGCGAAUUUGCCUCAGGCAGAGGCGGACCGGCUUCGCGUAGAAAAUAACAACAUAACUGUGUCGCAUGUUUUUGAGAAUGAGAACAGUGAGAAUCAACCUUUGGAUCCAAUUCCCAACCCUGUUUGGCAUUUCAAGCAAUGCUUUGCCGAGUACCCUGAUCUAUUGGCAGAGAUUGAAAAGCAGGGCUUUUCGAAGCCAUCACCUAUACAGUCACAGGCUUGGCCUGUAUUGCUAAAGGGUCACGACUUAAUUGGCAUUGCUCAGACGGGCACGGGAAAAACGCUGGCCUUCUUGCUGCCGGGCAUGAUACACACGGAAUAUCAGAGCACCCCUCGUGGCCAAAGGGGCGGGGCAAAUGUACUAGUAUUGGCGCCCACUCGUGAGUUAGCCUUGCAGAUUGAAAUGGAGGUGAAGAAAUAUUCCUUCCGUGGCAUGAAAGCCGUUUGCGUCUACGGUGGAGGAAGUCGUCAGCUACAAAUUUCGGAUGUAGAACGAGGUGCGGAAAUAAUAAUUUGUACACCGGGGCGCCUUAACGAUUUGGUUCAGGCAAAUGUUAUCGACGUGUCAUCCGUUACGUAUUUGGUCUUGGAUGAGGCAGAUCGUAUGCUUGAUAUGGGCUUUGAGCCACAGAUUCGAAAGGUGUUGUUAGAUAUACGCCCAGAUCGACAGACGAUCAUGACCUCGGCCACUUGGCCACCAGGCGUGCGCCGUCUCGCCCAAAAGUACAUGAACAAUCCCAUACAGGUGUGCGUGGGAUCACUCGAUCUAGCUGCUACGCACUCAGUGAAGCAGGUAAUCGAACUGCUCGAGAACGACAGUGACAAAUACUCCACAAUUAAAUCAUUUGUCAAAAACAUGAAACAAAAUGAUAAAAUAAUUGUUUUUUGUGGCCGCAAGGCGCGUGCUGAUGAUUUGUCAAGUGAUCUCACGCUAGACGGCUACAACACCCAAUGCAUUCACGGCAAUCGCGAUCAAAGUGAUCGCGAGCAGGCUAUUGCCGAUAUUAAGUCUGGAAUGGUUCACAUUUUAAUUGCCACAGAUGUGGCUUCGCGUGGUCUGGACAUUGAGGACAUAACUCAUGUCAUUAACUAUGAUUUUCCCCGUAACAUCGAGGAGUAUGUGCAUCGUGUUGGACGAACGGGCCGCGCCGGACGUAGUGGCACUUCGAUUAGCUUUAUAACGCGCGAGGACUGGGCCAUGGCCAAAGAUCUGAUUAACAUCAUGGAGGAAGCCGGGCAGGAAGUUCCGGCGGAAUUGCGAAAAAUGGCGGAGCGUUUCAAUGCAAUGAAAGAACGUCGUGCUGCUGAGGGUGUUCGUGGUCGCGGGCCUGUGGGAGGUGGUCGUGAUCAGGGAUUUGGUGGUGGCCGCCGUAGUGGUGGCUUCCGCGAUCGUUAUUAAAAAUAAUUUCAAAUGAAAUUAAUGCAAUUAAUGUAUUGCACAUAAAUAACAAACUACAUUCUACUUACGCUAUUACUAAGUCUAAACCGCAUUGAAGGGUUCUAAUGGAACCUGGUCUCUUACUGCUCAACUUUAUAAAACGUCUUACCUAAAUGGUAAUAAAAUGAGAAUCUUUGACCUCA